AAAAGAGAGAACGCGCGCCGCCACCAUCGUUCAUUCACAACCACCUGCUCGACGAGGUAACAUCGUCUCGUUAUCAUCAGUUAUUUCACGACCGCACAGGCAGAAACGUUAAGCAGUCUCAAGCAGUCAUUUUUUGGUCUACCAUCCUCCGCAGCAGCGAAGCGCGUAACGUAGACAAUCGCAACAGGAUGAAGACUAAUGCGACUUCCGGUUCCAUUUUCUCGCUCUCGAUUGUCCUGAUUCUUGUGAUCUUAGUUUUCAUCAGCGACAAAGCGUAUGCCACACCGCUAGGAGGAAGAAGUACAGGCCGCAGAAGUAUCGAUGACUAUAAAGAUAAUUGCAUGUCAUUUGGGCAUACCUGUUUCGGUGCUCAUGGCAAAAGAUUCGAUUCGACAGUACAACGCAACACUUUACAAGAAAGUAUUAGCCAAAAUUUUCAAGAAUCCGAGAUACCAUCAUCGAACGAUGAAUUAUUUUACGUUCUUCCGAACGACGAAUUCCGGGAACAAUCUGAUCAGUCUUUUAUGAGGACUAGCAAAGACUCUCAACAAUUCAACGUUUAUCCUUUGUCGUCUUUAGUAGAUCAAUGGAUAGCGUUACAUCGUCGCCCGCAUCGCACAAAUACGGAUAUCACCAAUAAAUAAGGGGAGAUGAAAUAACCAUAUGUCAAAAUAAAGCAUUAUUUCGUAUAUUAUCACAUAUAUAUUUACGUGUAUCAUAUGUGAAAGAAAUUAAUUAUAUUGUUAAGAUUAUAUUAAUUAAUUUAAUAUUAUUAUUUAGUUAUAACUCAUACGUUUCAUAUUAUCUUUGUUGUCAUUCUUUUAGCAAUGCGACAAUCAUGUUUCUCAUGUUAUUAUAAAUUUAUGUAAUUUAUUAUAAUAGAAGAUAACUUAAAAGUUGUUAAAUCGCUUUACAAUUAUUUAAGUUAUUAAAGUAUAAUUUAGGUAUUCAACGUGCAGAAAAAAUAAACUGCUUUUAUAUUUAAUCAUUAUUAUUCUACAAAAUACAUUCGAUUAAAUGUGUAAUAACAUACAGUUUCUCUGAGGAUUACAUCUUCUGUACUUUACGACGACGUUAUUUUUGUUAAACAAGCGUAAAUGCUAUGUGAAUUUUGUCGGUAACAUUUAUUAUUAUUAUGUGAUAGUAACUUAUUCUUUGUUUUAUCUGUUCUCAGAAAAUCAAUGGCAUUUUGUAAUCAGGCAAUGUUAAAUUGUAAAAAUUUAUUGAAUCUAUAAAUUAUGAAUAUCUGCUGCACUCGCCUUGAUGGCAUUAUAAUUUAUUUUUGCGAAAUAAAUGUCCGCAAAUUAAAACUGAUUAAAUUAUUGAAUUGUUAAUAA